CGAAAUGCGUCGAACGUUGAUCGCUUCUAAAAUUUGUAGCCUUCGAUCUCGAGACUAGACUUGUACCUGCGUGUCUAUUUUUUUGUGUAAUCUUCGUCGAUCGUAGAGGUGAUCGAUAUUUUCAUUUAUAAAGGUCUGAAAUUACAAAUACCAUUUUAGUAUUGGUUUUGUAGUUGAUACGUGAAAUUAUUGUACGUUGAUUGCGAUCGUCUUCAAAAUGAAAGCUAUUGUCAUAUUUAUGGUCUGCAUGUCGGCCGUCCUCGCCUACGGACCGCCAAAGCACGAAUACGAACACAUUGAACAUCAUAAACCCCCACCGCCACCACCACCCCAUCAUCAUCACAAAGAAGAGCACCAUUAUCCUCCACCACCACAUCAUUACCCUCCCCAUCACCAUAAAGAAGAAGAACACCACAAAGAACAUUACUAUCCUCCCCAUCACCACAAAGAGGAAGAACAUCAUAAGGAAGAGGAACACCACAAAGAACAUUUCUAUCCUCCCCAUCACCACAAAGAGGAAGAACAUCACAAGGAAGAGGAACACCACAAAGAACAUUUUUAUCCUCCACAUCAUCAUAAAGAAGAAGAACACCAUAAAGAACAUUUUUAUCCUCCUCAUCACCAUAAAGAGGAAGAACAUCAUAAAGAAGAAGAACACCACAAAGAACACUUCUACCCACCACCCCAUCACCAUAAAGAAGAAGAACACCACAAAGAACAUUUUUAUCCACCACCCCAUCACCAUAAAGAGGAAGAACACCACAAGGAAGAAGAACACCACAAAGAAGAAGAACACCACAAAGAACACUUCUACCCACCACCCCAUCACCAUAAGGAAGAAGAACACCAUAAAGAACAUUUUUAUCCACCACCACCACCCUAUAAACCAGAAUCUAAAACUGUAACCGGAGGUUUCAAUGAAGGACUUGGAGGAAGCUCAGGCAGUCAGGGCUCAAAUGGUCAAGACUCAUUUAGCCAAGGUGGACUUGGUGGAGAAAGUUUAGCCAGUCAAUCAGGUAUUGGUGGCUCACAAAGCUCUGGUAGCUCGCUAACCUCGGGUAGCUCAGAUGGAAUUGGAAGUACAGGAGAAGAUAUUUUCAUGCGGAGACAAAGUGGAUCCAGAAGAUAGUCAGUUUUGAAUUUUAGUUCUUUGAUUUUUAAUCCACUCAUGAUAUCAUUUUUUUAGAAUUUUUUGAGAUUAUCAACUACCUAGGUAUUUAUUAUCAUUUUUGACCAAUUUCUUUAAAAACUUUGCAUUUCUUUUUUUAGAUUUUUACUUUUUUUUAUGUAUCUGUUUCCUAAUUUAUUGUUUCAAUUUUGUAAGUACAUAAAUUUUUUAAAAUAUUCAAA